AUGCCCGGCUGGGGAAAGAUCUGCCCCAUCGUGGAAACCUUUUAUGGAAGGGAUGCCUCAUUAAGUCGGUUAUGCUGUCAAGACCGCCUGAGGGAGCCAGGCACAGCUGGAGAGGGGGGGCAGAUAAAUGCACAUUCUUGGCGGAACCAGAUGUGGGACCAAACUGGGCUUCUUGGCUCUGAGGAGUUGCAACCAAGCAGCAAGAAUUGCAAGCAGAAUCCUGAUGACAGGAAAAAACGCAAUAAUUAUACUAGCACGCUUAAAGAAUUGGCUCAGAUGUUGCCCAUCCCUUUACGGACCAGCUCCAAAAGGUUGACAAAGAAAGAAAUCCUUCUCCGGGUUCUCCGGUAUAUUGAGCACCUGCAGACAAGCAUUGAUAGUGCCAGAUCGCUGCUCCAAGUUCGCUGUGGGGAGCAAAAAGCAGGAGGAUCUGAGCAGAUGGUCCCAUCUACCCUGAAAAGAAGAGAAGCCACACCGCGUGGGAAGAAAACCAAGCCCCCGACUGUCAACAAGAAACCCCGGAAGACGAGACGCAUCUGUAGAUCAGACUGGCACUUUGCUAGCAGCCAAGAAGAGAUCAAGGACAGAGGUGCGUUUUCUGCUUGUUUGGCACAAGCGGCGUAUGAUGAGCUGCGCCAGUACACCGAGGGACCUGGGCAUUCGCUGAUAGGGCAGGAGCUAGUGUAUUAUUAUUCCUCUUGUGAGGAAGAAGAGGAAGAAGGAUUCAGAACCAGUCCCUGGCUCUCCACCCAGUCUCCUGUGGGCAUCUCCCAAGGGAACACGCUACUCUGUUCUCCCAGGAUUGGGGCCCAAAGCAACACUUGCUCAGAUUUGGGACUGAGCCCCUCGCUUUUCUCCUCACCAGCUCGGCUGCUCCCCACACAUGUCUUCCAAGGGGGUCAGGAGGAGCUUUCUCCAGUGUUGUUUGAAGACGUGUGUCUGUCCCCCCAGAUCCUUUCAGGAGCACUGCUGAGAAAAUCAGCUUUCACGCUGGACCACUGCUACCUUUCCUUCAGUGAAAAGGGUAAAAGUGAUUCCAGCCCCGUGUCAAACGCCAAUGAGACAUCAUCUUCCUGGAACAAACAAUUCCGUCAGGAGGAGGCUGCCCACAUCAGGCCUGAAUGCCUGGUGUCCUCUAGCGACGAGAACAGCGACAGCACCUGGACGCCUUGCAAGAGAGUGAAGCCGUCACAGGGGUCACGUCAGAAGAAGAAGAAAGCGGGAAGGAGGCAGAAGCGCCGGCCCAUGGACUGUGACAAACGCAGCAACUCUUCUCCCCUGCAGCUCAAGAAGAAAUGCGUCAAUGGCUUCAUCAUGUUCUGCCGUCUGAACCGCAAGCAUUAUAUCCGCGCUUGCCCGGGCAUGGCUUCCACAGCUGCUACGAGAGAGCUGGCCCAGCUGUGGCGCAUGAUGACGAAGCAGGAGCGGAAGCCAUAUUGCAUGAAAGCCCGGCGAUUCAGCCGCCUGAACAAUCGCAUCGUGAGGGACGACUUCUCCAGCGAGGAAGAGGAAGAAGACCUGGAACCGCCUAAACCUUUUCAUUUGCUGCUGGCUGAGAAAUCCCUCCCCAGCAGCCAGAACUUCGGGGACCUCUCUUUGCUUGAGCUCAUUCCCUGACUCAUCCAACCGCUAACGGUAAUGGCGUAUCCAUCCGCCAGAAUGAUGGCUCCUCACUCCUGUCUAUUCAUGAUCGUUUUUGAGUUUCUACUUGAUGAGUUGUCAGCUUUAAUGUUCACCUUUCCACUUUACAGCAGUGCACCAGGUGAGAGGGAACCCCCCCUCCCAUAGGCUGGGGCAUUGUUCAGUGAUAUGUG